UAUUUGCUUCCUCUUCCCAUGAAGCCGCGAAUUCUCUCUCUCAUACGCAAAAUCUGGUAAAUUGAAGCUCCUUUCACCACUGUUCAUAUGAGGAAGACAACUAUUAAAAUGGAAUGCGUCGAUCACUCAAAACUCGCUCGAGGCCGCUUGGCCGUGCUAUCAGCUCACCUCGCAGCUUCAUAUGAUCACCGCGCCGCCGCAAUUCUCGAAUAAUCCACCUGCUCCGCCGCCGUGGCACCGCCGCCGUAUCUGAAAGGAUCGCUAACCCUAAUCGAUGAGCGCACUGGCAAAAAGUACCAGGUUCAGGUCUCCGAGGAAGGCACCGUCAAAGCCACCGACCUCAAAAAGAUUACCACCGGGAAGAAUGACAAGGGGAUUAAGCUUUACGAUCCUGGUUAUCUCAACACGGCGCCGGUGCGAUCGUCCAUCUGCUAUAUUGACGGAGACGAAGGGAUUCUUAGAUACAGAGGCUAUCCGAUUGAGGAGCUGGCGGAGGGGAGUUCGUUUUUGGAAGUUGCUUAUCUUUUGAUGUAUGGUAAUUUACCGUCUGAAGGUCAGUUGGCAGAUUGGGAGUUUUCUGUCUCUCAACAUUCGGCUGUUCCUCAAGGAAUAUUGGACAUCAUACAAGCAAUGCCACAUGAUGCUCACCCAAUGGGUGUCCUUGUUAGUGCUAUGAGUGCUCUUUCAGUCUUUCAUCCAGAUGCAAAUCCAGCUUUACGAGGCCAAGAUAUAUACGAGUCUAAGCAAGUGAGAGACAAACAAAUUGUCCGCAUACUUGGGAAGGCGCCAACAAUUGCUGCAGCUGCCUAUUUGAGAAUGGCAGGGAGGCCACCUGUUCUUCCAUCCAGCAACCUCUCAUACUCAGAGAACUUCUUAUAUAUGCUUGAUUCAUUGGGCAAUAGGUCUUAUAGACCAAAUCCUCGACUUGCUCGUACACUAGAUAUUCUUUUCAUAUUACAUGCAGAGCAUGAGAUGAAUUGCUCCACUGCAGCUGCGAGACACCUUGCUUCAAGUGGCGUUGAUGUGUAUACAGCCCUUUCUGGUGCUGUUGGCGCUCUAUAUGGUCCACUUCAUGGUGGAGCAAAUGAGGCUGUGCUUAAGAUGUUGAGUGAGAUUGGAACCAUACACAAUAUUCCUGACUUCAUCGAAGGCGUAAAGAACAGGAAGCGUAAGAUGUCUGGUUUUGGGCACCGUGUCUACAAGAACUAUGAUCCGCGAGCAAAGGUCAUCAAGAAACUUGCUGAGGAAGUAUUUUCAAUUGUUGGCAGGGAUCCUCUUAUAGAGGUGGCCAUAGCCUUGGAAAAAGCUGCAUUAUCUGAUGAGUACUUUGUGAAGAGGAAGUUGUACCCCAAUGUUGACUUCUAUUCUGGCUUAAUAUACAGAGCAACAUGAGUUCUGAUCAGUUUCUUGGAAGUGGGAACUCACAAAGGUCGGAUCUUGUGAGGAAGAGGAAGAGGAAGAGGCCGUUGCCGGCUCGAAUUCCCGGGCUUCUGAGGAACUCUCCCUUGGAAAAGGGAUGAAAUGGCCUCGAGGUCAUCCGAUUCCCACGAUACAUCUCCAUCACCGCCAUCAAUUGUAUCAAUUUCAUCACAAUCGGAAUCCUCGACGCGGUGAAUUAGAGGGUGGAAGUCUGGCGUAGCCUCGGUGUGGCGGAGAUUCUUGGGAAGCUGCAGCCUUUUGCGGUGGUUGGGUUUUUUGGCGGAUGCGAAUGCUGCUACGGGUGAGAAUCUUUGCUGCGGUGGAAGGGAUAGGGAGACGUGUAGCAGAUUAAGCUCUCCAUCUAUCAAAAUUGGAAGCAAUCGGUGCGACGGUUUCUCAUAGGCAUUUGAUCGAACAUCUGGUGUGUUCGGGUUUAGAAAAAGGGGAUUUGUGGAUCGAGUGAGCAGUGUCAAAAUUCCGAUUGGGUAUCUCAGUAGGGACUAUUUAUAUCGUUGGAUUGUGCAGAGGGGAGUGCAUACGGUGAUUUAAUAUUCAUACUUGCGUAGUGUGAAUUAAUUUGGUGAGGAUGGAUCUUCGUGGAAUUUAUUUGAGGCACUAUAACAUGUACUUCCUUCGUUCCAAGUUAAUAGAGUCGUUUUUCUAUUUUAGAAAGUUCCAAGUUAA